CUGCCGUGAUUGUAUCAAAUAUUGAUCAACGAUUUCACCAGAUUGCAAGCAAAACACGUUUCGUUCACACGUACAGUAUAAGGAAAGACGAGUUCCCAUCUUUAAAUAAAAUUAGUGACCAUAAUAUAAUGCUGUGAUUCAUUUAGUCGAGGCAUCAUUACGUGAAACCAGUUACUGACACGAGAGCAAUGACGGUGGACAGUCAUCCGGAAUCUGCUGCAGACGAAAUGAUCGUACAGGAAGACAACACGAAACGAAAAAACGGACUCCGCCCUUGGUGGUUGGAUAAUUGGAGAGGAAUCCUUUCAGAGCUGAUAUCAACAUUUCUGUUGCUAUUUCUUGGUUGCAUGGCGUGUAUACCAAUAGAUGGUUUCCCGAAAAACCCACCGAUGUACGGUGCCCUUGGAUUUGGGCUGAUCGUUCUCAUCAACAUACAGACGUUCGGACACAUAUCUGGUGCGUUUAUGAAUCCAGCAGUGACAUUAGCAGCAGUUAUCUGGGGUAAUAUGUCUAUAGCAGUUGGAUUAGCGUAUUUUGUUGCACAAUGCUUGGGCGCUGUUAUGGGUUAUGGUGCUCUUAUGGGAAUGUCGCCCAUAGAUUUAUAUCCCGAUGGGGUUUGUACGACCCUACCGCAUGAGAAGCAUAAUAUUUAUCAAGCUUUGGGUAUUGAAAUAUUUUUGACAGCAUCUUUAGUGUUCAUAAACUGUAAUUUGUGGGAUCCAGUUAGCGCAGAUAAAGUUGAAUCCAAUCCAAUUAAAUUGGGUCUGACUGUAGCCGGUCUAUCGAUAGCAGGAGGUCCUUUGACAGGGGCUAGCAUGAAUCCAGCGAGAUCAUUGGCACCAGCGUUUUGGACCGAUACUUGGAAUGGACAUUGGAUAUAUUGGGUGGGACCUAUCGUUGGGUCGGUAUUGGCAACAUUAUUUUACAAAUAUAUCUGGUUGAAAUUAGAUAAAGCUAAGCCGCCAAAAGUGCUUCAUUGGACCGAAAUUGAGUGAAGUGAAGUAUAAGUAAUCUUUGUUUAAAUGUUCGACCUCGAAUAGUCCAAAAAUAGUGUUUUUAUUUGAAGUGUACACCACAGUGAUUUGUUUAGGUAUAUUGUGUAUUUGAACAGACACGAAUUAUUAUUAAAACAUUACAAGUA